AUGGCUUCAUUGGUGGUUGCGAAGAACCAGCUGCGGUCUUUGAUGAAGGAUAGGCUUGCUGGUAUCGCCCAUGAUUCCGUCAAGACCCAGAGCCAAACCGUUUUUGAGACUCUCAAAACUUUCAGACCCUACGUCGAGGCGCAAAGGGUCAGCAUCUUUCUCUCGAUGCCUUCAGGUGAAAUUCAGACAGAUGCUAUUGUCCGCCAUGCUCUAUCGGCUGGGAAAGACGUCUACAUCCCGUAUCUGCACAAGUCGCCCUUUGCGCCGGGGGAAACGCCUCCCAGGGUCAUGGACAUGGUGCGUCUGCGCGAUCUGUACGACUACGAGUCACUACAACCAGAUAAAUGGGGUAUUCCCAGCAUCGAUCCAAAAACGGUGAACCAGAGAGACAGGGUCCUUGGCGAACCUGGCGCAGAGUCGCCUGAUUCGUCUUUCCUGGACUUGAUGCUACUUCCUGGAGUUGCUUUCGACAUAGACAGCAACUCAGGCGCACUGCGACGGCUGGGUCAUGGAAAGGGAUUUUAUGAUCUCUUCAUCAGAAGGUACACGUCAAAGUACAACAAUGAGUUGUCGGCUCCGAAGCAUCCUGUAUUGCUAUAUGGCCUGGCUCUAUCGGAGCAGUUCCUUUCCCAGCCCUCGGAUGGCCCGAUUCCCGUGGCGCAGCAUGACCAACAGCUACAUGGCCUGGUUCUAGGAAACGGAGAGGUCAAGAGGCCGGCAGACAGUUCCCGCAGCAAAUAG